AUGGGCGGGCAGGAGCAGGAAUCGGAGCCGUCCGUGAAGGACGUGGACUCGACGACUACAUCGACGACGAGGGCUUCGGGGAAUGCUGCGAAUGCAUUGAACAUGGCUUCCCCGCCAGGAUCCAGAACUCCGCAGAGCCAUCCGACGAAAAAGACACUCUUCUUCCCCGAAACUUCGAGUAAUCGAUCCCAUUCUCGACCUGGUUCCGACGCUGUCGAUCCCGAAGCGCUUGCCAAAGCUCUGAGAGAGUACGAUGAGGCCGGGCGUCGCCGUGAACGCACUCCUGGGGCCAGUCCUAGUCGGAAGAGGCAAAGAGUGUAUGGUGACAGGUUCAUACCGAAUCGUGAAGGUCAAGACUUGCAAGCCACCUACAGUCUACUACACGAAGAUGGUUGUCCAUCUACGCCAUCAAAGUCCAAAAGACGAGCGCCGCAUGGGGAGCUGCACUUUCAGAAAACUGAGGAGGCCAAUCGGACAUAUUCUCGAGUCCUGAGAAGUGAGCUCUUUGGCAACACAGUGCCACAAGCUGACCCAGAGUCCGAUCCCUUAUUGAAUUUCAGCACCACCGUUCAUGAUCCCACCCGAUCUCACACGCCUCCCUCUCAUGUGGCUGCGGCCCUUCCUCCCGCAAGCAUCACUCCUUCAACGCCGCACAAGAACCUCUUCACCUAUGUCUCUCCCCGUCCCGGCUCAGGCCAGCCCACGCCAUCCAAAACUCCUCGAAGCCAGCAUGGGCCCAACUUGAAUGUCCGAUCGGAGUUGUACAGUCUGUCGCCGAUCCGCUACGACAGCCAGCGCAUUCUGGAAACACCGAGGAAACAGCCGCGCUAUGUAAACAAAGUGCCUUAUAAGGUUCUGGAUGCGCCGGAUCUGCAGGAUGACUUUUAUCUCAAUCUGGUUGAUUGGGGUAGCAGUAACGUCUUGGGUGUCGGUUUGGGUAACUCGGUCUACAUGUGGAAUUCCCAAACUGGCAGAGUCACGAAGCUCUGUGAGCUGAAAGACGACACAGUCACCAGCGUCAGCUGGAUACAAAGAGGAACCCAUCUCUCCAUUGGCACUGGAAAAGGUCUGGUUCAGAUCUGGGAUGCCGAGCACUGUCGCCGUCUCCGAACGAUGAUCGGCCACACCAAUCGAGUCGGGGCCCUGGCGUGGAAUGAUCAUAUUCUCACAUCAGGAUCUCGUGACCGCCUAAUCUUUCAUCGCGACGUCCGUUCUCCUGAACAAUAUUUGCGUCGCCUAUCAGGGCACAAGCAAGAAGUUUGCGGAUUGAAAUGGAACACUGAGGACGGUCAGCUCGCAUCGGGCGGAAAUGACAACAAACUCAUUGUGUGGGAUAAACUGAACGAGACACCUCUGUACCGCUUCUCCGAACACACCGCGGCAGUAAAGGCUAUUGCCUGGUCGCCACAUCAACAUAAUCUUCUUGCAUCAGGAGGAGGGACGGCCGAUCGAACGAUCAAGUUCUGGAACACUGCAACAGGCACGAUGAUCAAAGAGGUCGACACAGGCAGCCAGGUGUGCAAUUUAGGUUGGUCGAAAAACUCGGACGAGAUCAUCAGCACACACGGCUACAGCCAGAACCAAAUCGUGAUCUGGAAAUAUCCCCGCAUGGAACAAAUCGUCUCACUGACUGGCCAUACGUUCCGUGUGCUCUACUUGGCAAUGAGCCCGGAUGGCCAAACGAUCGUCACGGGAGCCGGCGACGAGACGUUGAGAUUUUGGAAGAUCUUCAACAAGAAAUCGGGGAGAGAUCGAGGGCGAGAGGGCAGCAAGCUAGCUGAAUGGGGUACGAUACGGUAG